AUGUCGGUGUUUCCUGCAUUUCCCACAUCGACCGAGCCUCCAGCCCAUGGGCAAGAGCCCGUGCCUCAUUGCGAUCGUAGGCAAUGCGCGGUAGAAAAGGGUUUCGAAGACGUCAUCUACAGCACAACCACAUUAAAAAUUCUGGAGAGCGUCACCACGAUAGCUGUUUUUCUCGUAAGCACCCUUCUACUGCUCGUACUACUCAUUGGAAGACGUCGGUUCACGGUACCGUUCUUCAGAAUCCUUACCGUCCUGGUCACCGUUAUCGUGACCCGUUCUGUGGUCAGUAUUGCAUUUAAGCUAAUCACCCUGUGGACAGGAGUACCGAUUGCCAGCCAGAAUAUCAUCACAUUGGUGGUUGAUAUUUUUAGCAAGAAAAUGAUAAUUCUAUUGAUUUUUCUUCUGGCACUGAAUCGAUUCGCUAUUAUUUUAUAUCCCAUACUGGACAGCCUAUUAUUUGCACGCUUACGCAAGCUAUGCAAGGCUGAAAAGCGCAGCGACGAGUAUCCAACUCUCAGAAGUGAAGAGGUCAAGCUCACGAGAGUCGUCCACGAGCUCUGGCGUGGAGUGCCAAAAUACACGACCGCUAUCGCCUCUAUUGUUUCGCUUGUAUUCGCUUUUGCUUCCGUAUGUUUACAUUUGACGAUCAUUGUGCAUCUGCGAUGCCAACAUCGUGCAACUUCAGUCGACACCGCCAAGGUGCAACAAAGGAUGUUCCGAGAAGUCGCUUUGAUGACCUUGGUGAAC